AUGCUUCCUUUCGAGACCUUUGAUUUCAAACCCUCCUUUAUCCCUUUUACACCUCUUUUGCAAGUUAUACGCUUGGCGGGUUCCAGAACAGCGCCAAAGUUCACGCCCGGAGACAUCGGAGGGAAGAAAAAGAGAAAGAAGGUUCCAAAACCGGAAAUAAAGCCUGUGGAUCCAAAUGCCAUCUGGGACGCCGACGAGGUACCCGAAGUGGAAGAUGUGCAAGACAUCUACGAUCCCAGACCGCAGCCAGAAUAUGAAAUCCUCUUCAAACAGGACGUUACAACUGAAGAUAUCUACCUUCAAAUGGGCAACAAAACGCCAACAACGGCCAGCUGUGAAUAUAUGGUGUGGCUGCGGCAAACACCACUUUUUUGGAAAGCGGGCCGCAGUUUACCUAUUCUCUAUGCUGGACACCUGAAAACAGUAAAACUAACCUACUUCAACAAGUAG